CAAGAAAGGCGAGGAAACAUCUUUUGACAAGAUGUCACCUGAAAGUGGUCACAGCCACAUAUUUGAAGUGCCUGUUGGCCCUAACAAGCCUGUGAGUGGAUUUGCAGAAGACAGUGCUGCACUGACUGAGGGUGUGUCAGACCUCCAGGAGGUGGUGUCCUUGAAGGAGCGGAUGGCAAGGUACCAAGCAGCUGUUUCCAAGGGUGACUGCCGAAGCUUCUCUGCCAACGAGGUAAUCCAUAGCAGCCAAGUCAACAUUUCAAGAAGCAGCCAGGAAAUGGAAAGACAUGAAAAAGAAGCUUCCAAAGCACACAAAAUGGAUGUUCUUGGAACAGAAAUGGCCUCUCAUCUUGAAAAGCACACUGGCGAGAUAAACCAAGCUUCUCAGUUACAUCAAUAUGUUCAAGAAACUGUCAUAGAUACACCUGAGGAUGAAGAGAUUCCAAAGGUUUCAACUAAGUUUUUAAGAGAGCAAUUUGAGAAGUCUGUCCAGGAAAAAGUCCUUUAUUCUGACAAGGAGACGAUUCCAGCCAAGCAGAUUAAGAUUGAAAGUGAAUAUGAAGAUAUUUUAAAGCCAUCAUCAGUUGUGGGUACCUCAUCCACUUCUUGCACUUCAACCAGCCAGAGGAAGGAAACAUCAACCACAGGAUGUAGUGACCACAGUGCCACUUCCUCAACUCUGGCACAAGUUCAUGCCACUCCUUUGGGAAAGACGGAAGAAUUUCCUCCUCCCCCACCUGAUAUAUUUCAAGCUCCAAUAGAUGUGACAGCAUUUUCCCAGUCCCCUGAACUCUCCAGCCCUCCUAGAUUACCACUAGUCCCCAAAGAAUUAUACUCCAAGCAAAGAAAUUUGUAUGAAUUAAACCGUUUAUAUAAACACAUCCAUCCUGAGUUAAGAAAAAACUUAGAAAAAGAGUAUAUCAGUGAGGUUUCUGAGAUUGUUUCUAGUCAAGGGAACCCAGGAAGCUCAGUUUCAGCAGAUGUGCAACAAGCCCGGUAUGUUUUUGAAAAUACAAACGACAGUUCUCAAAAAGUUCUGAGCUCUGAAAGAGAACACUUGGAGUGGGAUGAAAUUCUGAAGGGGGAGGUGCAGUCCAUGAGAUGGAUCUUUGAGAAUCAGCCGCUAGAUUCCAUCAACAAUGGCUCUCCUGAUGAAGAAAACAUCUCCAAGGGCAUUGCUGAUCAAGAAAUCAUUGCUGGUGGUGAUGUGAAGUAUACCACAUGGAUGUUUGAAACCCAGCCCAUAGAUACACUGGGAGAACAUUCUUCUGGUGCUGAAGAAAACACUGAGAAAAUUCCUGAGCUAGCCAGAGGAGAUGUCCGCACAGUCCGGUGGAUGUUUGAAACAAAACCGUUAGACUCAAUGAAUAAAUUGCAUCAGAGUCAAGAAGAAUCAGUGGUAACUGCCGUCAAUAACAUAACUGGGGGGGAUGUCAAGACUGUGAGGUACAUGUUUGAAACUCAACAUCUGGAUCAUAUUGGACAGCUUCAUUCAGUAGAUGAGGUUGAUCUACUGCAACUGAGGUCUGAGCUCAAAGAAAUUAAGGGAAAUGUUAAGAGAAGUAUAAAAUGUUUCGAAACUCAGCCAUUAUAUGUUAUCAGAGAUGGUUUAGGUCAAAUGCUCGAAAUUAAAACUGUUCACAGAGAGCAUGUUGAAAAGGGGGAUGUGAAAACAGCACGCUGGAUGUUUGAGACACAGCCCUUGGACACAAUUAACAAGGAUAUCACGGAAAUUAAAGUUGUCCGAGGAAUAUCCAUGGAAGAAAAUGUCAAAGGUGGGGUGAGUAGGGCAAAGUGGUUAUUUGAAACCCAACCUUUGGAGAAAAUCAAAGAAGAUUUAGAAGAGGUCACCACCGAAAAGGAAAUAAUAAUAGGUACAGAUGUUUCCAGAAAGUGUUGGAUGUUUGAAACACAGCCAUUAGACAUUCUAAAAGAAGUCCCUGAUGCAGAUUCUCCAAGAUCUGAAGAGAUAAUAGGAGGAGACGUACAAACUACUAAGCAUCUAUUUGAAACACUUCCAAUAGAGGCUUUAAAAGAUAGCCCAGAUGUAGGAAAACUUCAAAAAAUCACUGCCUCUGAGGAAGAAAGGGGGGAUGUUCAGCAUCAGAAAUGGGUUUUUGAAACCCAACCUCUGGAAGAGAUCAGGGAAGAUAAAAAAGAGUACAUGCAAACAGUGAAGCUUGAAGAAGUUGACAGAGGAGAUGUAAGGAAUUACACACAUAUCUUUGAAUCAAACAAUUUAAUUAAAUUUGAUGCAUCACAUAAAAUAGAGGUGGAAGGAAUCACAAGAGGUGCUGUAGAGUUAAAUAAAUCACUCUUUGAAACAACGCCACUAUAUGCCAUUCAAGAUCACCUUGGAAAAUAUCAUCAGGUAAAGACAGUCCAGCAAGAAGAAAUCCUAAGAGGUGAUGUAAGAAGCUGUAGGUGGCUUUUUGAAACGAGGCCCAUUGACCAGUUUGAUGAAAGCAUUCAUAAAUUUCAGAUAAUCAGAGGAAUAUCUGCUCAAGAAAUACAGACUGGAAAUGUGAAAUCUGCUAAAUGGCUGUUUGAAACCCAACCUCUUGAUUCAAUUAAAUAUUUUAGUAAUAUGGAAGAAUUAGAAAGUAAAACUGAACAAGCUACAGACAUUGUUAAAGGGGAUGUGAAAACCUGUAGGUGGCUUUUUGAAACCCAGCCAAUGGAGUCUCUUUAUGAAAAAGUUUCAUUAAUGACUGGCAGUGAAGAAAUCCAUAAGGGAGAUGUCAAAGCCUGUACUUGGCUCUUUGAAACACAGCCACUUGACACCAUAAAAGAUGACUCUGAAGCAACAGUCAAAUCACAAACUGUAAAACAGGAGGAGAUCCAAGGUGGGGAUGUUCGUACAGCAUGUUUUCUUUUUGAGACAGAAAAUUUGGACAGCAUACAAGGAGAAGAAGGAAAGGAAAUCAAGGCUGUGCAAAUGGAUAUCCAAGCUGGGGAUGUCUCCAGCAUGCGGCAUAAAUUUGAAAAUCAGUCCUUAGAUUCUAUAAGUUCCAGUUCAGAAGAAGUUUUGAAAAAGAUCCAAACCCUAAAGGCUGAAGAUAUUCAGAAAGGCAAUGUUUUAAAUUGUAGGUGGCUUUUUGAAAACCAACAAAUUGAUAUGAUUAAAGAAGGUCAAGAAGGUGAUGAACUGGUUAAGACAGUGACAGACAUACAAGGUGGGGAUGUAAGAAAAGGGUGCUUUGUUUUUGAGACUUUUUCUUUGGAUAAGAUUAAAGAAGAAUCUGACUAUAUCAGCACCAAUGAAUCAACUACUGAAGAAGUAAUAAAGGGUGAUGUCAAAAACUACAGAAUGCUCUUUGAAUCCCAGCCACUUUAUGCAAUUCAAGACCGAGAAGGGUAUUAUCAUGAAGUGACAACAGUUAAAAAGGAAGAGGUGAUUCAUGGAGAUGUUCGAGGGACAAGGUGGCUUUUUGAAACAAAACCAUUAGACUCAAUAAAUGAAUCAGAGACAGUAUAUGUUAUUAAAUCAGUCACACAAGAAGAUAUUCAGAAAGGAAAUGUUAGUUCUGUCAGAUACAGAUUUGAAACGCAGCCACUGGAUCAGAUUUCAGAAGAAUCACGUGACAUGGUGCCCACUGUAGACUAUAUUCAAGGUGGGGAUGUCAAGACAAGUAAACAGUUCUUUGAGUCUGGAAACGUUGAUAAGAAUGCUUAUAUAAGAACAGUAAGUGUCAAUGAAAUACAGAAGGGCAAUGUUAAAACAUCUACUUGGCUAUUUGAAACCCACACUCUAGAUGAGCUGAGAGGAGAAGGGUCAGAAUACGAAAAUAUCAAAACAGUCACCCAGCAAGAUAUGCAGAAAGGUGAUGUGAAGCAGGCAGUAUGGCUUUUUGAAAAUCAAACGUUGGAUUCUAUUAAGGAAGCAGACGAAAGCAUCACAAAAAUCACCAAGGAAGAAAUCCCUCCUUCUGAUGUCAAGACAACUACCUGGCUCUUUGAAACUACACCCCUUCAUGAAUUUAAUGAAAAUAGGGUAGAAAAGGUAGAAAUUAUUGGCAAGAGCAUUAAAGAGACCUUAGAAGAACUCUACUCUCAAAAAGUUAUAGAGGCUCCUGGAAUCAUCAUUGAAGCUGAUGAAGUUGGGGAUGUUCGAAUGGCAAAAUAUAACCUAAUGAAUCAAACAUCUCCAGAGAUACAGAAAGAAGAAAUUAUCAGGGCUGAUCUCAGAAAUAUAAUGGUGAACCUACUUUCCAAAAGAGACAGUAUGAAAAGAGAGAUUUGGGUUAGUGAAGAAGAAAAGGGAAAUGUUAAUCUGACCAAAACUCAAUUAUUAAGCAGAUCAAGAGAAUUCCAUGCUGAAAAAGAAGAGAUCGUGAGUGGUGAUGUAAAACAAGCAAUAAAAAACCUGUUCUCUGAGGAAAGAUCUGUAAAGAAAGGCAUUUUAAUUCAGGAGGACGAAAGAGGAGAUAUUAACAUGACCAUCUACUGUCUUCUUCAUGAAAAUGGUGGUGACACAAUUGAGCGUGAAGAAAUAGUAGGGGGUGAUGUAAAACGUACCAUUCACAAUCUGCUAUCUUCCAUAUCAAACAAUAAAAUAUCUGAAAGGGCAAAAAUUGAUGCAUCUGAGAGAGGAAAUGUUCAGUUUUUCACCACAUGCAUAGAAACUGGAGCUUUGGAUUAUCUCAAACAGCUCCAGAUGGAGUCAGAUGAAACACUACCAGCUAAGAUGCAAGAAAGAGAGGAAGACAUAAUUGGUGGUGACGUAGAGGGCACCAAACUGUUACUAAAGAAAAGGCAGUCUCGGGUUGAACAUACUGUUAAUGAAACUGACAUCAUCCGAGGAGAUGUGCAGAAUACAGUUAAGGUUUUUAUGACAGAGCGUCCGAGUACAUCUUCUAAGAUACCCAAAGAAGAAAUUAUAAAAGGUGAUUUGAAAUCAACCCUAAAUUCCCUUAGCCAGGCCAUAAAUCAGAAAUCUGUGGCUAAAACAGAAGAAAUUGUAAAAGGUGACAUGCUGGCCACACUCAAGUCACUUAAGGAGUCAAGCCACCAAGGGAAAGAACCUAAGCAGCCCAAUGCCAUCCCUGAUGAUUUUGAGAAAGCUAUUGAAUGCCUCGAAAAGUCCGCACACACAAGGGCAGAAAUCUUGAAAAAGGAGCUUAUCCGAGAUAACCUUGAAACAUCAUUAAGGAAUCUGCAAGAAGCAGAAAGAGCUUUCAAAAAUGUAGAUAAAAGAGGUGUGGUCAAAGAACAUGUGCAAGCCGCGAUGGUCGGAUCCUCACAAGAGCAGCAGAAAACAGAGAUUCAUCAUCAGGUGGCUGUCCAGAUGGACAAAAAAAGUGUUCUGCAGCCAAGGCCUGGACCACUUGAGCCAGUGGCCAGGUGGCAAGGGGGAACAACCACUCUCAACCAAACUACAGGCACAUCUUGUCAUGGGAAUUCAAUAGAAGAAAGAACUGAGGUUAAUCUUCCAAAAGCCCCUAAAGGCACUGUAAAGAUUGUCAUAAAUCGUGAACAAAACAACGAUGCUCUUGAGAAAAGCCUUAGAAGACUAUCUAACUCACACCACAAAGCUAUUAAAAAUGUGUUGGAAUCAGAGAACAGAAUGGGUGUCUUGACUGAUACCACAACAGAGCAGCAUCUUAGAGGUGAACAAAUGAGCAGACAAUUGACUUCAACUGUGUCAGUGAGGGAAAAUCUAAAAACAAAGGAUUCAGAGGCAGUGAGAGAACAGAAGAAGGAUACUGGCUUUAACUCCACCCAAUCUAUUGAUAAAACAGUUGGGAAGCAACAGACUCAGACUUGCAAACUGAGGAAUGACCACCAAAAGACGGAGUCUUUCCCUGUGAAGAGUUUAAAAAAUACUCAAAACACUAAAAUAGCAACAGAAAUACAAAGCUCUAAGCCCAGUCCAACCCAGGGUCCAGUCAACGAGACAGUUGGAGAAACUUGUGUGGUUUCAGGGGACUUUCAGCAGCAAACUUUGUUAAAGCAAGAAGUACAAUAUGUUAAUAAAGAUGUAAAGAAAAAGAAUGUGAACCCUCAACCAGCAUGGCAGACUUUGCCUGUAGAUCAAGACAUGUCGAAUAUAACAGAAGUGAAGGUCUCCCAAAAAGGCCACAAUAAAUUUAAGGCAACCAACAGGAAGCAAACAACUGAUGUUCAUCUGAACAGCCAGGACUUUCUAAUGAAGACAAAUACUUCCACAGACUUAAGAAAGGCAAUGGAAAUGUCCUUUAACCCAAUCAACUUGAACCCUGAAAAUAAUGUAAAAGAAAGUGAGUGCUCUCUUCCACCUCCAUCUCCACCUUCUCCUCCACCUUCCAAUGCAUCCUCUGAAAUAGAAUUUCCUCUUCCUCCUCCACCUCCUUUAAUGAUAUUGCCUGAAAAAAAUGUGUGUCCUCCCUCACUGUCCACAGAGAAGAUAAAGGCUGGAUUUGACAAUUUCCCAGGCCUCCUUCUUCCUCCACCACCAGAAAAUGAGAAAUCUGAAAGAGAAUGUCUAUCAAUGUUUCCUCCCCCUCCUCCAACUCCAUCUCUAAACCCAGCACAUCUCCUUUCCUCCUCUGUUCAAGAAAAGCACAGUAGAGCAUUCACACAAUAUGCCCAAGAAGAAGCCUCAAGCUCUCAGCAAACCCAUUCUCAGGCUAAAAUCAUAACAGGAAAAUCAGGAGUACGUCUACCACCUCCCACACUACCCAAACCAAAACUUCCUAAGCAUAUAGUAGAUCAAAAGUAUCAUGGUUCCCCAAAAGUUGAAUUGGAAAAUUCCCUGGCAGAUAUAGAAAGUAAAAUUAUUCCCUCAAAGGAUGAGAAAGGAGUAAUGGUGGCAACUAGCAGUGAACACACAGAGACAAGGCAGAUAUCUAGAAAGUGUACUGGUGAAAGAAAACAAGUGUCUAUGGAAUCUACAAGGUCUGUCUCGCAGACAGUUCCAGAAACUUCACCACCCAGGGUAAAACAAGGAAAAACACCUCUCGUAAAAUCUCAUUCAUUUCCUGUGGGUUCAGGACAACAAAGUCCAAAACCUUAUAUGAGAAAAUUUAAGACACCUUUAAUGAUUGCUGAAGAAAGGUACAGGCAACAAAGAGAAGAGCUUGAAAAACAGAAACAGCAGUGUUCUUGCUAUAACGUGGUCAAAACGGAACGCCAAAAUCAAAAUAUAUCAGAGUUGGAAAAGGAAGUGCUGUUACAAAAAGCAAAUGCAAAGGUUUCCCAACCUGGAAUAGAUUCAGGGGUCACUGUGGCCCAACCCAGCACAGACUCUCAAAGUCAUUCUCAGGCACUAGGACUAUGUAUGGAUAACCAGCUUUCCACAACAUCGGCAGUAACAGCUGCUGCCAAGAGGCUCCAACAUGUUCUAGCAGCCUCAGAAGACAAAGAUAACAUGAAAAAGGAAGUUCUACAGAGCUCAAGGGACUUGAUACAAUCUAAAUCAGCUUGUGACGUUAAACAGAGUCACCAAGCAUGUAGUGCACAACAAGCACAGCAGAAGUAUCCGGAGCAGUUGCACUUGCCCCAAAGCAAACCAGCUUCCCCAAGUUUCAAAGUUAGAACCAUCAAGCUUCCAACUGUAGGUCAUAAAUUAAAUGAAACAGACCACAGCUAUGAAAGCCAUAAAAAGCAAUCUGAAGUUGGUGUUCAAACCACUACCAAACAACAGUACCAGGAAACCAAGAAAGCAGAAGCAUGCACUGAACAUAGUGAUAAGCAAACUGUACCUGAAAAAUGUUAUCAAUUACCUAAGAAGGAGAAACGAGUAACAGUAAGAUUACCUGUGGAACCUGCAGGGAAAAGCCAUGAAAGUAAGCUCAAUGGAGUUAAUGAGAAGCAAAGAAAAUUUAGAGAAUCUGAGAAUGGAAAACUUCCAAGAAGGGAAGAAACAAUUGAGGAUGCACCGACGACUGGUUCAAAAGAAGACAAGCUAAUAGUCGAAAGGAAACAAGAACAUUUGAAUAAAUCAGAACAGAAGGUAGUCAAGCAAAAGGUUACUGAUACACAUCUUGAUUCACAAACUGAGAAUUUUCAGCAAACACACAUACAGACUUCUGAAAGUCAACUUGAACAUAAAAAAUUGCCGCAGCCAUAUAAUAGUCUUCAGGAAGAAAAAUGUCUUGGAGUCAAGGGCAUACAACAGAAACAAGUCUUUUCUAAUACUAAAGAUUCAAAGCAAGAGAUUACCCAGAACAAAUCUUUAUUUUCCUCUGUGAAAGACUCUCAGAAGGAUAAUGGAAAGUGUGCUAUAAAUAUAUUGGAGUUUUUGAGAAAACGUGAAGAGCUACAACAGAUUUUGUCUAGGGUAAAACAGUUUGAAGCAGAGCCAGAUAAAAAUGGCUUUAAAACAUUUCAGACACUAUUAAAUAUUAUUCCGGUAUGGCUAUUAAGUGAAGAAAAAAGAGAAUAUGGAGUUCGCAUUGCUAUGGAGAAUAACAUAGAAAAAAUCAAAGAAGAAAUAAUGCAUAUUAAAACUCAAGCAGAGGAUAUGCUUGUGUCCUGUGAAAAUAUAAUUCAAACAACCAUGAUAUCCUCCAAAGCAGGAAAGCAGAGAAAUAAACCUACUGGUUAUAAUGAAGCAUUAUCUCAAGUAUCUAGUGUUGAUGUCAGUUAUAAUAAAAACAAGGAACAGAAAGAAAAUACCAUUGCAGAAAAAGCACAGCACCACCAAGUAGCAACCCAUCAUGCAGCAACUACUCAUAAUCAUGUGAAAACCCAUCAGGAAAUUAAAUUAGAUGAUAAUAAGGUUUCUCCUCCCUCCUUAAAAACACGCUCUCCAUCACCAACUUUUAUAACAAUCGAGUCUACUGCUCGGCGAACAGAAACCUCUACUAAGGAUGAGCUUUCUCAGGCCCCUAAAAAGGACAGUUUUGCUGAACCGUCACCAAGGCUUGUGUCACAAACAUCUAGAAUUCACAGAGCAAGUACUUGCCCUUCUCCACCCAGGAAUCGCUCUGAACAACUUGUCAAACUCAAAGACACCACUGCAAAGUUAUCCCGAGGGGCCGUUCCACGUUCACCAGUAAGCCCGGUUCCAAUGGUAGAGAAGAGGUCAGAAAUCGUCACUUCUCCUGCAACCCUCCGUCGUCAAAUUAAGAUAGAAAGUCGUGGUAGGGAUUCUCCCCCUACAAUAACAAUACCUAUAAGUGUAAAUCAUGUUGAUAGUGGUUCCUUCAGGGAAUCCGUGGCAGCUCAAGAGGAAGUUAGGAAAGUAGAGAAAAGGGCGACUUACGUUCACAAUGAUGGAGUCAAUUCCAUUAAGCAUGUAGUGCCGGAUACUGAAAGUUUUGACUCAGUCGAAAUCAUCCGCAAAGUGGAAGGGCCUCGCCUGUCAGAGCACAAGCAGAGAUAUGAAGCAGCCAACCGAGCUGUUCAAAUGGCUGAGAAUUUCGUGAAUGACCAUGAAAAUGAAAUAAACAGAUGGUUCAGGGAAUUUGAGGGUGGCCCAGUUUUUGAAGCCCAGUCAAAUGCAAGGGUUUAUGUAAAUGGAGAAGCAAACAAUAAUAGAAAACAAGAAUGUCGUACGUUUUGUAAGGAGGAAUUUGGAUUAACAUCUUUAGAAAACACUAGUUUUACAGGCUUUUCUUGCAAUGGCCCUAACGAGUUGCAAGAAAACAUUCCUGUUAAGCAGCCCAGUGUACGCUCUGAAACAAGGUCUCUAGGUGAACAUUUCUCAGGCUUGGACGCAUUUGAGAGUCAAGUUGUUGGAUCGAAGAUGAUGGUGUCUUCUUCACAUAACUCAGAAGCUGGCAGAGCUGGCUUUGACUUCAAGCAUGCCCCACCAACCUAUGAAGAUGUCAUCGCUGGCCAUAUUUUAGAUAUUUCAGAUUCACCUACAGAGCUCAGGAGGAAUUUUCAAAAGACAUGGCAGGAGAGUGAAAGAGUUUUUAAAAGCCUGGGAUGUGCAACCUCAGAUUCUUCUGCAGCUGAGAUGAGAACUGCCUUCCAAGAGGAAUCUGCAUUUAUAAGUGAAACUGCUACUCCAGGACAAGGAAAUAUGUAUCCUUUGUCAAAAGACAGUUUAUCCAAUGGAGUGCCUAACAGCAGACAAGCAGAGUUUUCAUAAGUCCUGCUUCCGAUGCCACCAUUGCAACAGUAAACUGAGUCUGGGAAAUUAUGCAUCACUUCAUGGACAAAUAUAUUGUAAACCUCACUUUAAACAACUUUUCAAAUCUAAGGGAAAUUAUGAUGAA